AUGAUCCUCGACAAGACAGAAUGUGACGACAGUGUCAGAGAUAAAACGUUUAUCAUCAACUUUCCCCCACAGAGGGACGGACAGAGGGACAGACAGAGGGACCGGACAGAGGGACGGACAGAGGGACGGACAGAGGGACGGACAGAGGGACGGACAGAGGGACGGACAGAGGGACGGACAGAGGGACGGACAGAGGGACGGACAGAGGGACGGACAGAGGGACGGACAGAGGGCCGGACAGGGGACGGACAGAGGGACGGACAGAGGGACGGACAGAGGGACGGACAGAGGGACGGACAGAGGGACGGACAGAGGGACGGACAGAGGGACGGACAGAGGGACAUACAGAGGGACGGACAGAGGGACAUACAGAGGGACGGACAGACAGGGGACGGACAGAAGGACGGACAGAGGGACGGACAGAAGGACGGACAGAGGGACGGACAGAGGGACGGACAGAGGGACGGACAGAGGGACGGACAGAGGGACGGACAGAGGGUGACGACAGUGUCAGAGAUAAAACGUUUAUCAUCAACUUUCCCCCACAGAGGGACAGACAGAGGGACGGACAGAGGGACGGACAGAGGGACAGACAGAGGGACGGACAGAGGGACAGACAGAGGGACGACAGAGGGACGGACAGAGGGACGGACAGAGGGACAGGACAGAGGGACGGACAGAGGGACGGACAGAGGGACAGACAGAGGGGACGGACAGAGGGACGGACAGAGGGACGGACAGAGGGACGGACAGAGGGACGGACAGAGGGACGGACAGAGGGACGGACAGAGGGACGGACAGAGGGACGGACAGAGGGACGGACAGAAGGACAUACAGAGGGACGGACAGAGGGACAUACAGAGGGACGGACAGAGGGACGGACAGAGGGACGGACAGAGGGACGGACAGAAGGACGGACAGAGGGACAGACAGAGGGACAGACAGAGGGACAGACAGAGGGACGGACAGAGGGGACGGACAGAGGGACGGACAGAGGGACAUACAGAGGGACGGACAGAGGGACAUACAGAGGGACGGACAGAGGGACGGACAGAGGGACAUACAGAGGGACGGACAGAGGGACGGACAGAGGGACAUACAGAGGGACGGACAGAGGGACAUACAGAGGGACGGACAGAGGGGACAUACAGAGGGACGGACAGAGGGACGGACAGAAGGACGGACAGAGGGACGGACAGAAGGGACGGACAGAGGGACGGACAGAGGGACGGACAGAGGGACGGACAGAGGGACGGACAGAGGGACGGACAGAGGGUGACGACAGUGUCAGAGAUAAAACGUUUAUCAUCAACUUUCCCCCACAGAGGGACAGACAGAGGGACGGACAGAGGGACGGACAGAGGGACAGACAGAGGGACGGACAGAGGGACAGACAGAGGGACAGACAGAGGGACGACAGAGGGACGACAGAGGGACGGACAGAGGGACGGACAGAGGGACGGACAGAGGGACGGACAGAGGGACGGACAGAGGGACGGACAGAGGGACGGACAGAGGGACGGACAGAGGGACGGACAGAGGGACGGACAGAAGGACAUACAGAGGGACGGACAGAGGGACAUACAGAGGGACGGACAGAGGGACGGACAGAGGGACGGACAGAGGGACGGACAGAGGGACGGACAGAGGGACGGACAGAGGGACAGACAGAGGGACAGACAGAGGGACAGACAGAGGGACAGACAGAGGGACGGACAGAGGGACGGACAGAGGGACGGACGGACAGAGGGACGGACAGAGGGACAUACAGGGGGACGGACAGAGGGACAUACAGAGGGACGGACAGAGGGACGGACAGAAGGACGGACAGAGGGACGGACAGAGGGACGGACAGAAGGACGGACAGAGGGACGGACAGAGGGACGGACAGAGGGACGGACAGAGGGACGGACAGAGGGACGGACAGAGGGACAGAGGACGGACAGAGGGACGGACAGAGGGACGGACAGAGGGACGGACAGAGGGACGGACAGAGGGACGGACAGAGGGACAGACAGAGGGACAGACAGAGGGACAGACAGAGGGACGACAGAGGGACGGACAGAGGGACAGACAGAGGGACGGACAGAGGGACGGACAGAGGGACGGACAGAGGGACGGACAGAGGGACGGACAGAGGGACGGACAGAGGGACGGACAGAGGGACGGACAGAGGGACGGACAGAGGGACGACAGGGACGGACAGAAGGACAUACAGAGGGACGGACAGAGGGACAUACAGAGGGACGGACAGAGGGACGGACAGAGGGACGGACAGAGGGACGGACAGAGGGACGGACAGAGGGACGGACAGAGGGACGGACAGAGGGACGGACAGAGGGACAGACAGAGGGACAGACAGAGGGACAGACAGAGGGACGGACAGAGGGACGGACAGAGGGACGGACAGAGGGACGGACAGAGGGACACGGACAGAGGGACAUACAGAGGGACGGACAGAGGGACAUACAGAGGGACGGACAGAGGGACGGACAGAAGGACGGACAGAGGGACGGACAGAGGGACGGACAGAAGGGACGGACAGAGGGACGGACAGAGGGACGGACAGAGGGACGGACAGAGGGACGGACAGAGGGACGACAGAGGGACGGACAGAGGGACGGACAGAGGGACGGACAGAGGGACGGACAGAGGGACGGACAGAGGGACGGACAGAGGGACGGACAGAGGGACGGACAGAGGGACGGACAGAGGGACGGACAGAGGGACGGACAGAGGGACGGACAGAAGGACAUACAGAGGGACGGACAGAGGGACAUACAGAGGGACGGACAGAGGGACGGACAGAGGGACGGACAGAGGAACGGACAGAGGGACGGACAGAGGGACAGACAGAGGGACAGACAGAGGGACAGACAGAGGGACGGACAGAGGGACGGACAGAGGGACGGACAGAGGGACGGACAGAGGGACGGACAGAGGGACGGACAGAGGGACGGACAGAGGGACAUACAGAGGGACGGACAGAGGGACAUACAGAGGGACGGACAGAGGGACGGACAGAGGGACGGACAGAGGGACGGACAGAGGGACGGACAGAGGGACGGACAGAGGGACGGACAGAGGGACAGACAGAGGGACAGACAGAGGGACAGACAGAGGGACAGACAGAGGGACGGACAGAGGGACGGACAGAGGGACGGACAGAGGGACGGACAGAGGGACAUACAGAGGGACGGACAGAGGGACAUACAGAGGGACGGACAGAGGGACGGACAGAAGGAGGACGGACAGAGGACGGACAGGGACGGACAGAGGACGGACAGAAGGACGGACAGAGGGACGGACAGAGGGACGGACAGAGGGACGGACAGAGGGACGGACAGAGGGACGGACAGAGGGACGGACAGAGGGACGGACAGAGGGACGGACAGAGGGACGGACAGAGGGACGGACAGAGGGACGGACAGAGGGACGGACAGAGGGACGGACAGAGGGACGGACAGAGGGACGGACAGAGGGACGGACAGAGGGACGGACAGAGGGACGGACAGAGGGUGA